GUGGCAACGUGUACGGCCAGCGUUUGCCCCACACUCUGGGCGGACGCUUCAGCUGGGCUGGUCAGCGUUACGUUGAGCGCAGCGUGCGCUUGUCAACGCUGACUGAUGUCAUGUUGAGUGGGAACGAGGGUGUCAUCACCAAAAGGUGUCAGAUCUUCGUGCCUUACUACGACAAGCAAGUGCCGUGGCAUGAGAACCUACCGGCCCCGGCUGUACCAGCCGAGCCGGUUAGAUGGCUACCAGUCGCGUUGUGGCUGCUGGUCAUGUUCCCUGCGAACUUCUUCAGCUUCCUGGUGGAUGAGUUGGCGCGUCUGGCCGUGUGGCUGACUGUGAGGCAGCAGCGCAUACCCUUGCUUGUUCCUGCAGACCGCGGGCAGCUGAAGCCCUUCAUGUACGACUGGCUUGCGCUUCUUGGAGGCUUCGAAGUGAUACCCUACGAUGCCAAGGGCUCAAAGCGUGUCGCUUCUCGACUCUGUGCCGUUAAACAUCGAAAACCCUCAUUAGCACAAAAUCUGAGAUCUUGCCCUAAAUACCCUGAGCCCGAUGGACUUGAAAGCUGCACACCUUCCGAAACCUAG